UCUCUCUCAUUUGCUCUACCCCCAAUCCUUCUCUCUCUUCCAUUUAACCUGUGGUGCUGAGCCCCUUUCAUGCAAUGCCCCAAAAUUCCUAUUAUUAACUCCAUUAAUUACACCAAAUUACCAAAUUUUCAACAAGAGAACUGUAAAUAAAAAGAACUGAAGCACAAAAUCGACUGUAAUUCAGGUUUUUUCUCUCAAUAAAAGCCCUGAGCUCAAGCUCUGAGAAAUGGGUCUUAAGGGGGUUCAUUGGUUUGCAUUAUUGGAGUUUUCUCGGUUCUGUGUUUCAAGGCCUGUACAAUAGAUUCAAGGGUUUUGCCUCUAGUUUUUAAGAGGAGACCUUUAAGUGCAACUAGAGAGAGAAAAGACGGGUUCUUGUUUGAGGUUUUGAAUGGGAUUACUGAGAGAUCUUGAGCUCAAGAUUUUGCAUCUUGGGUGGAAAUUAGAAACCUCUUCCCUCUCUAAAACCCCCAACCUGUCUUACGAUGCAACACAUACACCAGCCUUCCCAUGGCCACUGCUAGAGGAUGGAUCUUCCCCCAAAUGCUUGUAAGAUAUUCGUAAAUGGCCUGGCCUCGUAUCUUAUCCGGAAAUCAGCAGAGGUUGAGCCAUUGCUUGUAGUGAGGAGCCAUAUCACUGGUACCUAAGUCUAUUUCCUGAUUGAAAACUCUAUUGAGGACCCUCAUCUUUCCUUCUUUCUCUAGGCUAUGGCUCAAGGAAUUGGCUUCUUCACUGUACCAAACCUUAAGGGGAAGAAGAUGAGAGAGAAACAUACUCUCCCAAAGAUCAGGCAAAAGGAAUGAUCUGGCUUGUAAUGGAGAAUCACAGAAUACCUGCAACAAAUGUUUCGCUGAAAUUCAAUGGUUUCUUUGGAGAUUAUGCACAAUUGAAAGGUAUAAGUUGGCACAAGCCCGAAGGUGAGAAUUCGGAAACAUACAAGUGAAGCCAUGCCUGAGAUCAGGAGAGCCUAGCCUUGCUACGAGAUUUGAAAGACUCAUUCAAUGUUAUAAGAGAGAAUUCUUGAUUCUUGCUUGUUUCCCAAGAUUUCAACUGUUAAUCUCUCUACCCCUUGCAUUACCCAAACCCUAAAUCUUUUUUUGCUUUUCAUUUCAUCCCAUUGAACAGAACCCACAAACAGCCGAACCCUAGCCUCUGCUCUGCUUCUAUCUGAGCUUUCUCUCCCUCUCUGCUAUCGAUAUCGGUAGGAGGAAAGAUCAUUAACUCUGACCUUGGAGGCUGCUGGAAAAAUCGAAGAAGUUAAGAUUGAUAUCCCCCUCUCUCAUCUGUUAUCUUUGAUCUUUCUCCCUCUCAUCAAAAAAUCUCUCUCCACUGUCUUGCCCACCACAGCCAUUUUUACUUGCACAAAUACAUCCUUGUGGUUGCUCUUUCUCUGUGCCUAGUUGCUUGAUGGCUGGAACUACUCAUUGUGUCCAUGUGGAUUCCAUUUGUACCUUUAUUCCCACAAGUGGCAUUCGCUCUCUAAAAUUUUCUUCUGGUUCUUCAAAUUCUGAAGUUAAGAGCUGGCAGUUUAUUUCUACCUUGCCUUCCAAAAGUCCAAGGUCUCAUAUGUCCAUCCAGUGUUCUAUACGGUUUCGUCCUUGUAUUGAUAUACACAAGGGAAAGGUGAAACAAAUAGUUGGGUCUACCCUCCGAGAUUCACAAGAGGAAAGCUCUACUCUUGUAACUAAUUUCGAGUCAGAUAAGUCACCUGCAGAGUUUGCAAAUUUGUACAAAAAUGAUUGCCUUUUAGGGGGUCACGUUAUUAUGCUCGGUGCUGAUGCAUCAAGCAGAUCUGCGGCUAUUGAGGCUUUACAUGCCUAUCCUGGUGGUUUACAAGUUGGGGGUGGGAUUGAUUCAGACAAUGCUGUUGGGUACCUAGAAGAUGGGGCAAGCCAUGUGAUAGUUACUUCGUAUGUUUUCAAUGAUGGAAAGAUGGACUUGGAAAGGCUGAAAUUGCUUGUUCAGCAGAUUGGAAAGGAACAACUUGUACUGGAUCUUAGUUGUCGGAAGAAGAAUGGGAAGUAUGUUAUUGUGACUGAUAGAUGGCAGAAGUUUAGUGAAAUGAUCCUUGAUGAGGGAACCCUGGGUUUUCUUGCUGGGUAUGCUGAUGAAUUCUUAGUUCAUGGUGUAGAUGUUGAAGGGAAACGACUGGGAAUUGAUGAAGAGCUAGUGGCUUUACUCGGCCGUUUCUCCCCUAUUCCAGUUACAUAUGCUGGUGGGGUUACAACUCUUGAUGAUUUGGAGACGAUAAAAACCGCAGGCAUGGGACGCGUGGAUGUUACAGUGGGAAGUGCUCUUGAUAUAUUUGGUGGUAAUUUGGUAUACAAAGAUGUUGUAUCUUGGCAUAAAAUGCAAUCCCUUCAGACCCACUAGCUGUUUGUACUUUAAAUUCUUCAGCAUUAAAUGAAGGAUAACACACAUGUGGGUAUUUUGGUAAUUAGGAUUAAUCACUUAGAUUUUGUCUAACCUUCGGUUUUCAUCUGUGAGUCUGAUUAAGCACGACAGAAAGCGGUGUUGAAAUUAAUGGAAGCAAAUAUUGUUGUAGUUUUAAGAUUCUGGCUAAUAUUUAUUAAGAAAUUGUACUGUUUGUUCCUCUGUGUGUGUGUGUGAGAGAGAGAGAGUGUGUGUUGUCAAGUCUUCUAAAAGUUGCAGGACAAAAUGUGAGUUGCAGAGAGAAUCUGUUUAAAAAAGUUUCAAAUUUCAAUGGGGUAUUGAUACAGAGCUCAGCUUCUAAUAUUCAUCAGUCUUAGGAUUCAAAUCACCGCCAAGCUCCACAAGAGCAUACACUCCCUUGAAGAAAUGGAAGCCAUCUCCCGAAGAAAUCUCUCUCCCUUUUAUGGUGGACACAAUCUUCAUGAGUUUAUGGCAAUCUCCACAUAUUCUUCCCAACCCUCACAGGCUUCCCAAAACAAGUCAUUAAGAGACCAAAAGUAACUGGCAUUUUUGAGCUAUGAAAGAACAAGAAGUGCUCUGUUUGAUACUCUGCUUCAUGGAGAACAAAGCUAGUAUCAGAGCAAUGCCACCUCCCUGAUGCCGAAUAGAGGUUUGUUAUUAGUACAUAAGCAUCAAGUUCUCGAGGUUCAAGCUCAAGGAGGGAUUUUACUGCAUAAUUCUCUAGAUCGCCAUGGACCCUGGAAGCAUCGAGUAAGGCUUGCCAAACUAAUGCAUUUGGCUUCAAUGGAAUAUUCUUCACAAAUUUUUCAGCUUCUUAGAAUCUAUUAUAACGGCCUAAAACAUCGCCACUGAUGCAUAAUACUCGUCAGUUGGGGUAAUGUAUCUGGUUUUCAUGGAUUCAAAGAAGCUUAAAAGCUUUUGACAGUUUGAAAUGAGAGAUUUUCAGGCAGAUAAUAGAGAGAGGUUUCAUCUCCGUUUCUUUAAAAAUAGAUACGGGCUGGUGUCAAAGUCUAUGAAGAACAUAAAGUGAUGUAUGUACAUUCCAAGGCACAAGAAUUUGUUGAGCCCAGGGUGGGUGAGGGUGAAAGCUGGGGGUAAAUGUUCCUUAGCAAGCUUCGUAUGCUGUCCUGUCCACCCAGGAUGACACGGCUAUAUGGAGAAGGUUAACGUAAUUUGUUCUCAGAGGAAAGAAAACACUAUUAUCAGCUUUUUCUGGUACGACGAACCCCAUUCGUCACAAGAUGUGAUGAAUAAAAUAAAGUUCAAAGUAGUUAUAGUCCAUUACCAAGAUACGAGAAUGCAACAAAUGAGGCAGAAUCAUUGGAGAGAUUUCAAGGGUGUUAAUAACCCCUUCAAACGCCAUUAGCUCAUCCAAACUCCGAUGCUCAUCAAGAUCGUCAGGGUAUCGUUCGCCCUUUGCAGAAGAAGUCUCACCUGUGGAAAAAUUGGGAGCAUCACGAUGAUGUGUUCAUAACCACUAGUCUGGAGCACCAGCUUGCAACAAGGUCCCAAAUGGUGAUACUUGGGUCAAAAGACCUACCUGCCAAGACCAUGGGGAUGAUGGAAUCAGUUUCAUUUUCAAAUAACUUGCUACAAAAGGAGCAAUGCCUGGUUGUGCAAACUCUAACUCAUUAGGAAAUGGUAUUAGAGCAAUCGGACAAAAGAGCAACUUGAUCUGAUCUUUGAUGCUUCCCCUAGUUCUGUUCUCCAUCAUGGUGGAUACAUUAACAACAUUAGUGCUCAGGUUUACAGGGAAUCAGAAGAAUCGACUAGCAACCUUAUUAGGGAGAUUGGGGAAAUAGUUCAGAAAGUAAGGAGUGGCAGAGAGUAGAAGCCCCAAACAGAGGGCAACCUCUUCUAGCAUUAGACUCACUCAAGAGACACUUCGCCUGUCGGGAGGACAAAGGUGCUAAAAACUCGGAUCGAACUACUUUGAUAGAGCUUCUGAAGUUAAUGUAUGAGGUGGCCGUCUUGUAAAUUUUAAUGUUGACGGACAUCUUAGCUCACGCUGAAGCGUAUUCGAGGCAUAAGACAUAGUAGACCAACUAAUACAAAAUGCAGGGAACAGUAAGAAGCCACAGAACUUCUUAAGUCGCUCCCCUGCAUAGAGGAGGAGGCCAAUGAGGAAAAGGAUAGUAAUCUUCAAUAUUGUUGGGAUAGAGGCUUACUUUUUCCUCUAUGGACUCCAUAGGGCCAAGCAGCUGAAAAACUCUAUUACUGACGAGAAAAAUGAGAGCCACAAAGGCGAAGAGGAUUGAACUGGAUCCUAGAUGGCCACAGAACAAGCCAAAAAAUGGGCCAUUCAUAGUUGUUAAGGACCCCUGGAGCAUGGCCUAUCAUUGACCACGUACUGUUGACAUGCGGCUACUUGAUGGCCACAGGGGGAUUUAUUGAGGAACCAUUAGAUUUUUCCUUUAUUAUGAAAAAAUCCAAAAAUAUGCAAAAUUUAUGUGGA